GCACGAAUAAAUAAAUAUAUUGCUCUAAAUUCCAUUUCUCCCGCAUUUUCUUCAAUUUGGUCUCCGAAAUUACUACCACGAAGACUAUAAUUCGCGCGCUCUCUGUGUCUCAGUCUCAUCGACUCAUAUCGGACCGAGCUUGCUCUGCAAUCAGGUAUGGAUACAUCAAAACCUGCAAUUUUUGUCAAUGGUGGGCUGUUGCCCAUGCAUUUGAGGAAGAGGGUCCGAACAGUUGUUCAAGUUCUUGGAUCUGAUCGUGGAUCUGUUAUUGGAAAAACUACAGAUGAUCAUCAACUUGUUGUUAAAGGCACCCCGCCAUCUGCUGCUCUUACAAAUUUUGUUGAGGUUAUUGGCAUUGCUGAAAGUGACAAGUCGAUCCAAGCUGAAAUAUGGACAAGCUUCGGUGACACAUUUGAUACAUAUUCCUACAACCAGCUUUGUCAACUUGCAAAUGGAGAAUAUCAAUCUUUGUUCCUCUGAGGUGUAUUGGCCUUAUGCAUAGUGGAGUUUUAAGGUACUUUUGGCUCUUGAUGUAAGCAGGUGGUAGAUGUAGCUGAGGAUCUCUUAGUUUUAGUUACUAUUUUGAACAGCAUUUUGGUCUUUGACUAAAGUUGAGUUAUACUUGGACCUCAUAUUUUGCUCUUUUGGUAAGUUUGUCAGUUUGAAAGUUAACCUUUAUCACAGAAUAUUCGCUAAUUAGAGAUACUUGCUUCUUAUUUUUUGGGGAGACCAACAAGAAACUUUUGCCAAGGCCUCUGGAGUCUAGCCUCUCGUACCUCCAAAUGCUAGAUUGUAUUUAACUUGAUUAAGCUAGAAGUAUAGACAUAAACAAGGACAUAAUCACUCCUGAGAGCUGUGUUGAAUCCUUCAGCUUAUCCAACAAUGGUUUUAAAUGGCCUCAUCAUGUAGAAGCAUAGUUGUCUGUUUGACAUUGUAGUUAAACUGUUUUUUGACAAACUGAGUUUGGAAUAUUUAA